GGACGACGAACGCGAGGCCCAGGCCUUCUUCGCCGCAGGCCUCGACCCCGACGCCCUCGAGGAGUCGUUGAUAGCCCCCGAGGGGUCUGUGGGGAGUUUUGGCCGCGAGGCGAAGGCGCGGCGGGCGGCGGAGCGGCGGCUGCGUGCGCGGGAUCGGGCCCGGGAUCGAUCCCGGGAUCGAUCCCGCGCGGGGAUCGCCUGGGAUCGCCUCCUCCAAGAAGAUGAAGAAGAAGCAGCAGAGAUGCAGCGGCUGCUGCAGCGCGUGCAGCAGCGGCGGCAGCACUUGGCAGCAGCAGCAGCACAAGGCGAAGCCAUAAACCUCCGAGACCUGCAGCAGGCCAAAGCAACUGACAAGCAAAGCCUCGCUGUCGACGUGCGGCAUCUUCUCUUCGUUUCUGAGCAGCUCGUCAGGUGGAUUGAGCUGCACCCCACGCCAGCAAUACAGGUAGCUGCAGCAGCAGCAGCAGCAGCAGCAGCAGCAGCAGCAGCAGCAGCAGCGGGGGUAGGGGUAGUGGCGCCGGCAGCAGUUGGCGAACGCCAACAGAACGAGCGGCAGCAGCAGCAGCAGCAGCAGCAGCAGCAGCAGCAGCAGCACUAA